AUGGACGGGUACAGUAUAAAUUACGGUGGUGAUCGGAGGUUUGAGAUUGUAAGCGGGAAGAGUUUUGGCGCCGGUGGAAACCAGAUCUACUCGACUCGUCCUCACUCGCCUGAUCCGCCACCGGUUCCGCCUCGCGUGACCAGGCAGAGUCGGACCACGUCAACUCCCUGGGGUUUUGGCGAUCCUGAGAUGAAGCGAAAGAAGAGGAUUGCCAAGUACAAGGUUUACACAGUGGAAGGUAAGUUGAAGGCUUCUUUCAAGAACGGGCUGCGUUGGAUCAAGAACAAGUGCUCUAAGAUCAUGCACGGAUACUAG